AUGGAGGAGAAGAGGAUCUUCGAGUGGCCGUCGUCGAGCUUCCUUCAGCCGCCGUCCGAAGAGAACCUCGUCAUCAGGGAGCUGAUCGAGCGCCUCAGGACCGUCUCCAUCCCUGCGGAACCCCAUCCGACGGUGCUCUGCUGCGCCGCCGAUGGUGGCGGCGGCGGCGGCGCCAUCGCGCUGAAUUCCGUGCCGGAGGGUCGCCUACGAGUGGGCAAGUCGUCGACGGGAUUCGCAGAUAGCGGCGGCAGCGGCGGCAGCGGCGGCGCCAGGCUCUCCGGUGGCGGGAGGAAGAGGAAGGUGGGUCUUUCGGCAAAUGCAAGGGCUCCGCUGAGAACUUUCAUUUUUGGUGACCACGAUUCCUUCAUUUCAGGCGGCGGCGGCGGCGGCGGCGGCGGCGGCGGCGGCGGAGGAGGAGGAGGAGGAGGACGGCGGCGCCGCCAGAGGGCAGAGCCAGAGCAGGGAGAAGAGUUCCAAGCCGGCAGAUGCCCCCAAGCAGGACUUCAUCCACGUUAGAGCCAGAAGAGGGCAGGCCACCGACAGCCACAGCCUCGCAGAGAGGGUGAGAAAAAAAAAACAAGACCCAAUUCUCAAUUCUCUCUCUCUCUCUCUCUCUCGCUAGCUUUUCAUAAUCAGAAACCCUAAUCCCCUGUUCUUCUCCCCUCUCUCAGGUUCGGAGGGAGAAGAUCAGGCAGAGGAUGAAGUUUCUUCAGGAUCUCGUCCCGGGUUGCAGCAAGGUAGUGCAUUUAUGUACAGAUCGGCGGCGAUUUCUCUCUCUCUCUCUCUCUCUAUCUCUAUCUAUCUCUUCAACGAUUUGCCCCUGAGAAGAGAGGAACCGUGCCAUUGCAGAUGACCGGCAAGGCCGUGAUGCUGGAUGAGAUCAUAAAUUACGUCCAAUCAUUGCAGCGCCAAGUUGAGGUAAUCCAAGGCCGGAUUUUUCUGAUUUAUUACCCGAAUUAGCAAACUCUCCUCUCAUCCUCCUCUUGAUCCCAAGAUCUUUGAUCUUCUGUGUCUUCUGUUCGUGCAGUUCCUGUCCAUGAAACUGGCGACGGUGAACCCCCGCCUGGAUUUGAACCUCGAGAGCCUCCUCGCCAAAGAUGUAAAAGAUUUAAUAUUUUCUUGCCGCCAUUUUCGUCCUCGAUCUGAUCGCCUGGUUCCUCAAAUUGGGUUGACUUUUUGAUGAUGGGUCAGAUUCAUCGGCCGCCUUCAUCAUCCUUGCACGAAUCGGGGUACCCAUUUGACUUGUCGGCCCCGAGCUUCACAUUUGCGCCGCCGCCGCCACCGCAGGAGCAGCAUCAGAACAUCAUUGGAGGGCCAUUGCUCCAAGGCCAGUGCUCUCUAGGGCCAUUGGAGGGGUUCGCCCAUGCUCCCUCUCAGGUAGCUCACCUCCUUCCCCAAUUCCCCCAUGGAAUUCAGAUUCACCGGAGAAAUUUACUUAAUGUGUCUAAAUCUUCCAGCUCGGGCCUCCGUGGGACGACGAUCUCCAGUGCUUCGGGCAUGUGGGCUUCGAGCAGGGCCCCGAGGCUUUCUCCUCCUCCUCUCAGGGCUUCCAUGGUACAUAAGCCAAUGGGUGAAUCUGAGCCUUCUUUGAAUUGCUCACUCUCUCUCUCGCUCUCUCUCUCUAACUUACCUAUUUUCGGCACUGUUGCCUUCAGGCCACACGAAGAUCGAACUUUGA